UUACAGCUGGUCGAUAGCGUCGAGCUCGGCGAUGAUGGCAUCGUACACGUCGUCGCCGAGGCGCCCGUAUCCGAGGUUGCUGAUGUAGCCAUGCAGCAGAUUCAGGCGAUCCCGCACCUGGUUGCGAAUCGGGCCUGAUGGAUGGAUCAGAGAAAUCAAUCAGCCGACACACAUCCAUACAUACGUACAUGGUCACACUGGUUGGCCGAUGGAUUAUCGAUCAGAUAAUGUGGUCCUUCUUUAUCGCUCUCUCUGCCUUGCCUAGAGACGCACCGGGGGGGUUGCGCGCUUUCUCGUGUAGGAACUGCUGGAGGUUCUGAGAGCGGCGGGCGAUCAGCGUCUCGCAGGCGGCGGCGAACUCCGGGCUGUCGGCAUCCACGAAGUUGUCCCACAUGUCCUGGAUGUCGGCGGCGGCCUCGUUGACGCCGUCAAUGUAUCGGCAGUCGGGAGUGUCGACCAGGCAGCUCGUCAUUGAGUAGAAGGCCAUUGUCAAAUCAUCCCUACGUACGCACAAGGACAACAUACGCACAGACAGACAGACAGACAUGCUCACACGUAUUCUGUUUGUGCAGGAUGGUUUGUGGUGUGUGUACCGUUCGUACCUCGCGCUGGUCGGCAGAAGCGGAUAAGUAAGAGGUCGUCCAAUAUAAAAAGCAGGCAGCGAUCCCUGAACCAACGAAGCGAUCCCUGAGCCCUGAUGCCCGCAAAUGCAUCACUACUACCAUCCUCCUGCUGCUCCUCCUCCUCAUGAUGACCACCACGCCGUCGCGUUCUGGAGGAAGGCCGGCUGCCCCCCUCCAUUCUGCGUGUCCUCAGCGUCGAACCACAGCUGGUGCUCCACUGCCUCGAGCGAGCAGAACCGAAGCCGACCCACAAAAGCGAUGAAGGAAUUCGAUAGAGCAGCCAGGCCGUGGUCGAUCGCCUCGCCAUUGUGGGCCUCUGGCGGUUGGGUUCCAGCUGUGGGUGAGGGGGAGGUGCCAUACAUGACGUCCCGUCAGCAGCGGCCGGAGGAGCCCUCCUUGCCGUCGCCCGACUGAUGGUUCCUCUUCCAGCCGAACCCGAAAUCACAUCUACACACGCACAUACACACAGAGAGAGAGACGCCUGUUUGUCGUUCUGUCUUUCCUUCUUCCCCAAUCCAAGUGCGUACCUUCCUGAGCAUGUAAAGCACUACUAAGCGGGCUAACUUGACUGCCGUCCACCCACUUCAACGCGCACACCAUCCAUCCAUCCAUCCAUGCAUCCAUCCAUCCAUGCAUGCAUCCAUCCAUCCAUCCAUGCAUCCAUCCAUCCAUGCAUCCAUCCAUCCAUCCAUGCAUCCAUCCAUCCAUGCAUCCAUCCAUGCAUCCGUCCAUCCAUGCAUGCAUCCGUCCAUCCAUGCAUGCAUCCAUCCAUCCACGCUUAGGAGGAAAAACACAGACCCCCAUUUCGCACCAACACGGGCCCGUACGUAUGAAAGACAGACACUAAUGCACCCAUCCAUGCCUCACCCUCGCCAAUACUCGUCCCGCUUCGGCUGCACAUGACGAGCCACCACACCGGCCUCCCCCGAGCCACCACACACCCAUCCUCGCCCUUGCCGUUGACUUCCCGCUCCCGCAGCCAUGACAAAAAAUACGACACAGCAUCAGAAACACGCAUGCACUCUCCACACACAUGCAUG